AUUCCUGAAAUUCAGACGACCGCCAAAUCAUUUUUCUGUUAUCGCAAAGAAUUCACACUGGCUUCUGUGUGAGACUUGUUGGAAUCAUAACCAUUUUGAAUGGAAAAUCAGUACUGAUCAUUGUGUGAAACGUUGUAUCUAAAUUGUAUGAUCCGGAAAAUUUAAAACGAUUUUUUUUAAUUCCCGGAGGAUCUAUUCUUAUAUUGUUUAUAUGGAGUCAAGAUGUUGGUCAUUAAGUACGUUAUGUAAUGUGACGAGACAAAAAGGAAAUGUCAUAAUAAUAAUUUUUAUAUAAACCAACCGUCGAUGUUUUGGACGUUAUUAGUGUCUCCUUAUAUUGAUUCGAUCAUCUAGUAUAGUUAAAGAACAAGUAUUCAUUGUUAAAAAUGAAAGAAGACGCGGAGGUUUUCUGCAAAUUGCGCGUAGCUUCGACCAACAAUACCGGUUCCAACCAUUCCGCAACAAUUGUCUAUAAUGGCAUCAGCGCGAACGAUUGGCUUAGUCCUAUCGGAAUUUCUCCAUCAAGACAUGUUGAAAAUGAAAAGAAUAACGGUAUUUUGGUACAGACAUUAACAAAACGUCCAUUCACCGCUAACAGUAUCAUAAUAAUUCGACCAGAUCGAAAGUCAGCUGGUCUUGAGAAGAGUGAGGCUUUAAGAGGACGACGUCUUCAAUCUGCUUUGGAGGGGGAAUGUUCUCCAAGUGGACAUGGAGGGUUCACUGGGCUAUACAAAACGAGCAGAGGGUUCGUCUCAAAGACAAUGGAUUUUGUAUCCUUAAGGAAUCAAUGGAACCGUACGGCAAUGAGACCAGCAACAUCAAAUUGCAGUUCAGGCUUUACUCAGCGAAAAUUUCAUAAAAAUAAGGGAAUAAUGAAAACAACCGGGAACUACAGUGCCGUGGGUAUAAACCGAGAGAGAGAUUAUAACUUGGAUUUAACGGUUCAAUCUGUAGAAUGCUCCCGAAAGGGCACCGACAAGACAGAAAGAGAUGCUCAAAGGUUUUCCGAAAGCACGAAAGUAGCUCACACCAUUUUUAGGACGCGAUUUAAGGAUAUUGAUAUCAAUACAAUAGAUGGAAUAAAACGUAACUAUAUGAAACGCGCGCAAUCCGCUCCGGCGGGUGCGUUAAGAUUGAAUCAAAUGAACGAUGCUGCCAACGGAAAGAAGCCAACAUUAUACUGGCGAGCCAAAUCAGCUUAUCACAAAAAAGCUAUCAGUAAAGAGGAGCAACUGGAAGCACCUAAUGAGGAUUCUUAUACUGAAACAAGAGGGUCAUUGUUAAGACCUCUGAUGUACUCUUCGGAAGGGUCUAUUAAACACAGUGCUGGUUGUCCUUAUAAAUGUAAGGGUUGCUUCAAAGCUUGCCUGGUGUCCGAAGACUACCUUGAUAAAGCGCAACAACGUUCGGAGUCGGAGCGUGCGCAAUCAUCAUGGAGGCAUCAGAGACGAAUUCGAAGAAGUCCUGGUUUUUCUGUUCAGUUAGCUCUAGCUAAAAGUCAGCCAUUGUAUCACAUGGUUCACGAGAAAGGAGCAGAAGGCAAGUCUGCUGUUAAAGAAGCUUGGGCAGGUGAUGCCGAACAAGAGGAGGAUAUGGUGACAAGGACUCGGACUCUAGAAAUAUCCGAUGAUUCUAAGGAUUGUGUAGUUGAAUAAGUACAAUGUGUGAUUUUGGUAGAAAAGAAUAAUGAUUAUAACAAUAAGCUUCAGACAUAGCCGUUUAUCAUUACAAUGCAAACGUUUAUAUUACGGUAUGUUUAUAAAUGAGUUAUACAUUUUGUAAGUAUGGUAUGUAUUAAAAGAAUUAUGAUUAUAUGUUAUUGACACACCUUUACUCAACGUCAGUUGGUCAGUGACAUUAAUUGGACAUUUCCCGUAGCUGGAAUUUACAUAGAAAUCAACAAUGUGUGAUUGCAUUAUUCACAUCGUCUUGUACUUCCAUUUAAUAAAUAUAUAUUGA